UUUUUCCUGCGUUGUGUGUGGAAAAAGUGUGGUGUUUUUGAGACAUUUGGCUUGCCACCUCUUGUAUAAAUAAACAUUUUGGGUGAAAAUACAUUUCUAAAGUGUGAUAGUUCAUGUUUCAGACUUUUGUCCUGUGCUUUUUUCUUCCAAUUAGGUUUGAAAGCUUGGAAGUGUUUUUUGCCGGUUGAUUGCCAUUUUUUGGAAAGAAUCAUACGAUGACCUCUUUAAUAGAAUUAUUACGAUUGUGCUUAGAAUAAUCGCGUGAGACCUGAGACAGCAACUAAUCAGACGUUUUGUGGAUAUUUGUUACUUCCCAGACAACACAAAAAUACUGGGUUAUUCACGAGAGAGUUAGUUUCAUUGGCUCAUCUUCAGAAACAAGUUUGAAAUAAAAUAUUUUCAUAAACUGCCAGAAAUGUAAAAUGUAUGGAUCCAAUUUAAUAUUAAAAACGAAAUACGUCAUAAACAAUGUUUUAAAUGCAGUCAGGCUGCCACAUAAAACGAGCACAUGGUAUCAGUUUCUUAUCCAAUACUACACUUAACUUCUUAUGGUACUUUUAUGUGACCCAAACGCGAGAAGAUAGGGCUAAGUGCAGCUUUAUUUUGAGACUACAGACGAUAUUGGUUGGUUUGUCUAGAAAUUAGAUAAAUUAACUAGAUUAUCAUCGACAAUAGGCGAAAAAAAGUGACCGGUGGGGGCACCACAAUUUGACAGUAAUGGACGACGAAAAACGUAUACCGGCUCAUUAUCUUAUCUGAUUUUUUUUUGUAGAAAAAGAGUACCUACUUUUGUCAGAAAUCAUCAUAAGCGAGCGGGGCGAGCAAGAAUUGCGAAAAAAAGUGACCGGUGGGGGCACCACAAUUUGACAAAAAAGAGUACCUACUUUUGUCAGAAAUCAUCAUAAGCGAGCGGGGCGAGCAAGAAUUGCGCAGCAGGCGACAAUUUUUUUGAAAAAGGGGCGUGGUCAACCUUUUUUUUAUAAUAUCCGUACGACUUUCUGACUCCUGACAGAAAUUUUUUGUAGACAAUGAUUUUCUAAACUACAUUUUAUUUAUAAGUUUAUAACAUUAGUGGGUAAAAAUUUGAUGUUAAUGUUUGAUUUUUUUCAGACCUUUUUGCCUUUUCUAACAACUGCUUGUCUCCUUUUAUUUCCUCCCAAAAUUGUUCACAGGUUAAGCCGACAUUUUCUUUCACUUUCAUUACGCUCUCAAGGGUACUAAUUUUGAGAUGAGAUUUUUCUUUGGUUCAAUAUUGGCCCAAGAUGCUGAAAAUUCGUUCGCAUUCAGCAUUUGUUCCUGGAAGCGUGAAGAUAAAAGAUAAAUGUUUUAUUGUGCUAUUUGCUUCAUUCGCACUUUCGAGCAACGUUCUCCACCUCAUAACUAAGGGUACUGUAUCACUUUUCCACUUUUCUAGAUUUAUGUCUAGGCAGGUUUUUAUACAAUUGUAGGUAUCAAAAAUAUCAUUGCUACUUAUGGCAGGCAUUGGUAGCGACUUGGUAGCAUCUAAAAAGAAGAUAUAUGAUUCUUUAAAUUCUUCGUAAGAGAAUUUCCUGUUGAGUAUAAGAUGGUUCAUCUUUUUUGCUUUGUUGCAAAAUCUGUUAGUCCAAGUUUCUAAAUAAUCUAUUAUCGCAGUUUAAAAUCUCACAAGUACUGCAGUAACAUAAGAUCUAUCUAACAAUCCUUCUGUUUCAAGCUUUUUUAAAACAUUGUCAGCCACGAAUGGUAUAAAACGCUUUCACGUCUGCUUCUAUAUUGAGAAAGUAAAUUAUCAAAUUCUGUUGAUACUUCCUCUGCACUCACAUCUUUUCCUUCUAUGGAUUUCACAGUUUCAUGAAAUAAAUGAAAUUGAGGUUGGAGGAAAAGCAACCAAAAUUCUGAAGAUUCAGACUCAAAAAAAAAAUAGUAAUGACAUGUGGUGAAUUUUCUUCGCUAAGAAAAUAUGAUUUCAGAGGUUCAAAAGCUGCAAGCACUCUAUCUACACAUGGUGACAGAGACAGCCAGCGUGUCUUGGAAUGUGAAAGUACCAUUUUAAAUUCGCAACCAAUAAAGUUGCAAAAUUCUUUCAAUUUUCCUGUUCGAACAGUAAAUAUAUUAAAAUGGUAAUAUACUUUGAACAUAAUAUUUUCUAUAUCUACUGGAAUUAUCUUAGAUGUUGCUACAGAAAGUGCAUUGUGUACUAUAUGAGCUGCACAUCCUAUGGUUAGCACAUCUCUCUGACCCCUGUUUAACAAAAAGAAUUCGAAUUGACGUUAAUAAUGGAAAACAAAAACAACUCCAAGUGUAGGAUAUGUUUAAUCAAAAUUGAACCAGGACUUUGCCAAAAUAUCUUCAAGCAAACUCGCAUAGGAUUAUCAGUGUCGGAGUUGUUGUCAUUUUUAACAUCAAUUCAGUUUCGUCAUAGCGAUGGGUUACCAAAUUCAAUUUGUGGAAUUUGUGAAGGAAAAGUAAAUGUUGUUAUAGAUCUCUAUUCCGCCAUCGUAGCUUCUGAUUUUGAGCUGAGAAAAGGUGUUCAAGAAAGUUGUUCUUCCGAAAUCGAAGAACCAAUAAAAAUUGCUUUUACGCAAGAAAUAAAAACAGAACCGUUCAAGUUUGAAGCUCCCUCUGAAACAAGGUCUGUAAGUGUGGAAUUAUCAACGUUUGCCUCUAAAAAUGAGGAAAAAUCACAACAAAAUACUUACUCUUGUGGCCUUUGUCUGAAGAAAUUUACUCUCGAGUCGGCUUUGAAAAACCACAGAAAGAGUCAUAUGCUUAAAAACAAAAUGUUUAAAUGUCAUCUUUGCAACAAAGCAUUUAAGAAACGGAUAGGUCUGCUUCAUCAUGGACGGAUGCACAAUCUAAACAUGUCACUUAAACAAUAUUAUCGGGAAACAAACUCAUAUGGUUGUCAAUUAUGUUCAAGGAGAUUUGCUUCUAAUGAUGCGCUACAGCAACAUAUUAAAAGUCAUCAAUCGAAACAACAAGUGUUUAAAAGUCGUGGCAGAUUUUACACUAAGAAAAAACAGUGUCUGUGUGAAAUUUGUGGUAAAAAAUGCAAUACUAAGAUGGCUUUAAAAGUGCAUUCGAGAAUUCACAAAAAACUUAAACCAAAGUCAGAGGAAAACAUAUACUCAUGCAGAUUUUGUAAUACUCAGUUCCGGCUUAACCAAAGUUUGCAACUUCAUGUCAAAACAGUGCAUUUGCAGCUAAAAAAAGAAUCAUCAAGUUAGAAGUUAAAGGAGAUUUUUAUUACGUUUUUUUUAUAGAAUUGUUUGUUAAUUUUCAGUUUGGUUAAUAAUAUUUCAUAUAUUUUUUACGAAUACAGUUUGGAUACUGCGACUAAUAAAUCAAUGAAGAACGUUCGGUUGCUACUUAACCAAAGUUUGCAACGUCAUGUACAAUUCACUCGCCCUAAAAGAACAAUUAAGUCUUAUAAUUGAGUUUUAUAACAUAACUAUUAUAGAAUUGUUUGUUAAUUUUCAGUUUGGUUAACUAUUUUUUUUUAUAAUUUUUGUUAUUAUGAAUCUAGUUUGGAUUUUUUCAGUAAUAAA